GGAGGAGCGAGGUUUUGGGAGGAGGUGUAGUGUCAAGGGUUGGGAGAGGGAUGGAAGCCAUUAAGAUGGGGGAUGCUGGGGACGUCUGUGGCCCCAGCCUCUUCUUCCCGGUGCCAGGUGUCGGGGCCAAUCUACUGUCUGCCAGGGGCACCAUCGUCAGGGCCAGAGAUCAUGAUUCGAUACAGGAGUUUGGGCCUGGUGGCUGCCUAUGUCCUUUCACUGUGGCUGAUCACCUCCUUCCUACACCAGCACUCCAGCCAGAAGGACCUCCGUAAUAUGGCCAAGAUACACCCAGGAAUCUGCCACUGUCCCAGCGACUUUUCCAGAAAAUGCAACUGCUCAUCUGAGGUCCACACAUGCUCUGCCUGCCUCCACGUGCCUGGCGAGUCUGACUGGUUUGACAGACGCUUCGACAGUACCGUUGAACCCCUACAGAGGCCACAAGAUCCCACAUCCAAUGAUGCUCUGAUAUUGUGGCUGGGACUCGAGAGGGUCAAGUCAGAGAAGGAGGUUGAGAAUAAGCAGCAGCAGCUGAUUAAAGCACCUCCCCUGUGCCCACUGGGCCAUGUAGUGUCCAACUGCCAGGUCUGUGCAGUGGUGGGAAACUCAAGGUCUCUACGGAGCUCUGGCCUUGGCUUCAGGAUUAAUCAACGUGAAGUGGUCCUCAGGAUGAACCAGGCCCCUGUCCGAGGCUUUGAGGCAGAUGUGGGGAACAGGACCACCAUGCGCAUUAUGUACCCUGGGAUUGCCAGCCCUCAGGACCCCGGUACCCAACUGCUGCUGCUUCCGUUGAAUUCAUCUGGUCUGGAGUGGUUCAUAAGUGUACUGCAUAAACAGACAAGCAUGUGGAAGCAAAAAAAACCCUGGAUUUCAGACAGUUCAGGUUCCUGGUGGAACUGAAGACAGCAAAGAUAAGGUGCUGGUGAUCAGCCUCUACUUCCUCAGGUAUAUCCAGGAAAGUUGGCUGGAGAACCAUGGUCAGUAUCCGUCCUUGGAGUUUGUGGCUCUGUUGUAUGCCUUGCAUACCUGUGACCAGGUAUCCUUGUUUGGUUUUGGGGCAGACAAUUGCAAAAGGUGGUCCCAUUACUGGGAUGACAAAUAUUGGUUUGAGAACACCAUGCAAAAUUUCCCAGCAGAAUACCAGAUCAUCUUGAAACUGCAGUGUGAGAGGAAGAUUGCUGUCUACGGCUGAGAUGUUUCCAGUGGAGUCCCCAGGAGGCUUGACAGGUAGCCAAGGGGACCUUGUGGUGUCAGAGAGGGACUAGGGCUUCAAGCAGACCCUGGAUGGAGAUUACUCUGCUACUGAAUGAAACCCUAGCUUAUUUCUCUCUCUGGAUUUCUGGUGGCAUUAAAGGGCUACAUUCUAUUACUGA